CGCAGGCCGGAAUGGCGAGUCGCGAGCCGCCAUUGCCAUUGAUCCCUUUAGUUCGGUGUGCGGGUCGCGACUGAUGACAUUCGCUCUCCAUCACUCCCCCCGCAACACAACACAAUAUUUCCAGCCUUCAUACGAAUAACAUUACUAAUAUAGGGUGACGCCGAAAAGGAUGACUUAUUUUAAGACCAAUCGUUUAAAGCGAGAUAAAAGAAGAUGAUAGAUCCAUCUUCGUCUGAAGAAGACAGUGAAGAAGAACAUGGAUCUGGGCAUCAUGUGGGACACCAUCCAUCCGCACAUCAUUCUCAUCACCAGACGCAUCAGCACCAGGCGGAAGCGUCGCCGUAUCAUUCCCAUGGAUCCGAAGGCAGUGGGGUCCUAGAAAUCCCCAACAGUGCUGCACUGCAGCGUUCUUUAUCACCAAGCAGUGCCGUCUCGGUGGAAACCCAUAGUAUUGGGUCUUCCUCGAGAGCUAAUUCUCUCCCAAGACCGACUAGUCCCUCUCCUUCAGUCGCAUCGGAAAAGACCGAGGUCGACAUCCAAGAGAAGCAGGAGCGCGAAGAGGAGGAAAGGAAGAGACGAAUACAGCUUUACGUUUUUGUAUCUCGAUGUAUAGCGUAUCCCUUUAACGCCAAGCAACCCACCGAUAUGACAAGGCGUCAGACCAAGAUUACCCGGCAUCAGCUCGAUGCCAUUGUAAAUAGAUUCCAGAGUUUUUUAAAAGGAGAAACCCAAAUAAUGGCUGACGAAGCCUUUCAGAAUGCGGUACAGAAUUAUUACGACGUGUUUUUAAAGUCGGAAAGGGUCGCCAAGAUGGUCCAUUUAGGAGCGUGGACUCAAUAUGAUUUCAGAGAAGUGUUUAGAAGUAAUAUCGAGAAGCGUGUUAGGUAUAACAUUUACAGGUCAUUGCCUGAAAUGGAAGGCUUAAGCAAAGAGACCGUUUUUACAUCAUGGAUGGCUAAAUUUGACUGCAUUUUGAAAGUACAAGACGACGAAACCAAAAGGCCUAGAACGCAAACCAUCAACUCGGAACUGAUACUAUCAAAAGAACAGUUGUACGAUAUGUUCCAGCAAAUUUUAGGGGUAAAAAAGUUCGAGCACCAGCUCCUAUUCAACGCUCUCAUGCUCGAUUCUGCCGAUGAGCAAGCAGCUGCCAUUAGAAGAGAAUUAGACGGACGCAUGCAAAGGGUCGCUGAAAUGGAGAAGAAUCGCAAGCUAUUGCCCAAAUUUGUCCUCAAAGAAAUGGAAUCUUUAUACAUCGAAGAACUGAAGUCAGCAAUCAACUUGUUGAUGACAAAUUUAGAAUCACUGCCUGUAUCGAAAGGAUCGAUGGACUCUAAAUAUGGAUUGCAAAAACUAAAACGCUAUAAUCACAGGUUGCAUAACCAUAAUAAUCCGUAUAAUGUGAAGCACAUUUUGAUGAACUAUGUUACUUCUUUUAGAUCUCAAGGAUCUUUAGCAAAAUUGGAAGGUGAUUCCGCAGACAGUGACACUACUCUCACUAAAAUGGACGUCGUCCUUACCUUUCAACUAGAGGUAUUAGUCAUGGAAGUUAGAGGUAUAAAAUCCUUGCAACCAAAUAGAAUUGUUUAUUGCACGAUGGAGGUAGAGAACGGUGAAAAGCUACAAACAGAUCAAGCAGAAGCUUCUAAGCCCAUGUGGGACACUCAAGGCGAUUUUUGCACAACCCAUCCAUUACCAAUCGUUAAAGUUAAGCUUUUCACCGAAAAUCCAGGAAUGCUUGCUUUAGAGGAUAAAGAACUUGGCAAAGUGAUUCUAAAACCGACACCUUUAUCCUCGAAGGCUCCGGAAUGGCAUAAGAUGACUAUUCCAAAAAAUCUUCCUGACCAAGAUCUACGCAUCAAAGUGGCGUGUAGGAUGGACAAGCCUUUAAAUAUGAAACAUUGCGGUUAUUUGUACGCUUUGGGGAAAAGCAUUUGGAAGAAAUGGAAGAAGCGGUACUACGUUUUAGUUCAAGUCUCUCAAUAUACUUUUGCCAUGUGUAGUUACAAAGAGAAAAAAUCCGAACCGUCAGAGAUGAUGCAGUUGGAUGGAUAUACUGUUGAUUAUAUAGAAGCAUCAAGCGCAACUCUCAUGGUGGGAACCGGUAAGCAUUUGGAAGGUGGAAGGUACUUCUUCAAUGCCGUCAGAGAAGGUGACAUUAUUAUUUAUGCCUCUGAUGAUGAAAAUGAAUGUCAUUUAUGGGUGAUGGCAAUGUAUCGCGCUACUGGUCAAUCACAUAAACCGACCCCUCCAUUGACCUUGCAAGAUAAGAAUUCAACUAUUUCUAAAAUUCAAGGAGAUGCUGAUAGAGCUAGAAAGCAUGGGAUGGAAGAUUUCAUAUCAGCAGAUCCUUGUCAGUUCGACCACGCUUCUAUGUUUAAAAUGCUCCAGAAUUUAACCUUGGAAUAUCGAUUGAAUGAUCCUUAUUGUUCAUUGGGAUGGUUCAGUCCGGGACAAGUUUUUGUGUUGGACGAAUACUGCGCUAGAUAUGGAGUUCGAGGUUGUUUUAGACAUCUGACGUAUUUAUCUGAUCUUCUGGAAAGAGCUGAUAAGAAUUACAUGAUCGAUCCAACAUUAAUCCACUACAGUUUUGCAUUCUGCGCUAGCCAUGUUCACGGAAAUAGUAUUGACUCUAGACCAGAUGGAGUUGGCAGUGUCACCCACGAAGAGAAGGAGCGCUUCCAAGAAGUAAAAGAACGGCUUAGAGUAUUGUUAGAACACCAGGUGACGAAUUUCAGAUAUACAUUUCCAUUUGGGAGGCCAGAAGGUGGGCUAAAAGCAACGAUUUCGUUGCUGGAAAGAGUUUUAAUGAAGGACAUUGCUACACCAGUUGCACCAGAGGAAGUUCGAGGUGUUAUUAAAAAAUGUCUAGAAACAGCUGCCUUGGUUAACUAUACCCGGUUGUCAUCUGAAGCCAAAAUUGAAGAGGAUUUAAGAGGCGAAACUAUGGUAUCGCCAAGUAAAAAACUUGACGACUUAAUACAUCUCGCUGAACUGUGUGUGGACCUACUACAACAAAACGAAGAACAUUAUGCAGAACAACUGCGCAAGGCCGACCGGCCAUUGGCCAGCCAGGCUCAAGCCCAGGCCGGACAGGGCCAGGCGGGGGCGCCAGGCCUCCCCGCAAAUCCGGCCACGCCCAGUCGGCUCGCCAAGCAGCACUCAAACUCUGUGUCUCGCUAUUGCAUGCCUCCGCAUGCCACUUUCACCCCACCAGAUCCUACGGCAUUUGCGUGGUUUAGCGACCUUUUGGUUGAACAUGCUGAAAUAUUUUGGUCAUUAUUUGCUGUUGAUAUGGAUCGAGUGUUAGCAGAGCAACCAGCCGACACAUGGGACUCUUUUCCACUUUUCCAAAUACUUAAUGAUUAUCUCAGAGCAGAUGAUAAUUUAAAGAAUGGGCGUUUUCAUCAACAUCUAAGAGACACUUUUGCACCUUUAGUAGUUAGAUACGUAGAUCUGAUGGAAUCUUCUAUAGCACAGUCUAUUCAUAAAGGUUUUGAAAAGGAAAGAUGGGAAAUCAAAGGGAACGGGUGUGCUACAUCAGAAGAUCUGUUCUGGAAGUUAGAUGCCCUCCAGUCUUUCAUUCGAGAUCUGCAUUGGCCGGACACAGAAUUUAGACAACACCUUGAACAAAGAUUGAAACUUAUGGCUUGUGAUAUGAUCGAAUCGUGUAUUCAAAGGACAGAAACAGCCUUUCAUCAAUGGCUGAAAAAGUCAGUUACUUUCCUUUCAACGGACUACAUUUUACCAUCGGAGAUGUGUGCUAUGGUCAACGUCAUUUUAGAUGCGAAAAAUCAGUCCUUCAAGUUGUGCGCAGUUGAUGGAAUUGAUUUGCAUCAAUACCAUACGAAGAUCGAUGACCAAAUAGAUAAGACAUUAGCUAAUAUGAAUCAAGGGAUGUUGAGUAAACUUAUGUCUGUACUUGAAGCAACUUUGUCUAAACUUUCUCGAUACGACGAAGGCAGUUUAAUAGGAUCAAUUCUAAGUUUUACAAAUGUAUCGGGAUCUGGUAAAGACGUAGGUCAAAGUUAUGUAAAUUUUUUGCGCAACUGCAUGGAGCAAAUUAGGGGGAAAGUUACCGAUGAACUUUGGAUCUUAAAUUUCUUCGAACAGUGGUAUACAGGCGAGAUGAAUAUGAUUUGCAAUUGGUUGUCAGAGAGAUUGGACCACACUUUGCAUCCAUACCAAUGUACGUGCCUUGCUCAUAUUGUAAAGAAAAUAUAUUCCGAUUUUGAACUUCAUGGUGUUAUGGAAGAUAAACUCAACUCUAAAGCCUAUCAAACGAUAGCUCAAAGAAUGCAAACUGAAGAAGCAACUUGUGCUUUAACGUUAGGUCAAACCGAUGGAUUGGGAAUGGGAGAAGAUGAAAGCGAUAGUCGUAGUAAAUCAUUGAUGGAGAGCCUUGGAGGAGAUGAUGGAAAUCCUUUAUCAAACGUAGGAAACAUGGUUGCGGGACGUGUCAGCAAUUUCUUAGGAAAAGGCAUUGGUGGAAUUGGCUCUAAGCUUGGAGGAGGUUCUAGUUGGUUUUAAAAUUUCUCUUCUUUAAUCUUCUAGUAAGUUUUUUUACUAAACAUUGAAUUACCAUAAUUAACAAAAGCAAAUAUAAGAUGUAGGAAAAUGUUUAGUAAAAAAAUAAAAUUAUUCAUAUAAUAAAAGUUCUUACCUAACUAUAUAUUCUUUCACACUUAAAAAGAUUUUAUAUUAUUGUUACAUAUUUAAUUAACCAAAGCUUUGUGACAUUUUUAGCUUUAGCAUAUUUAAAUACACACAAGUGAGUAUUUUGGGGCAUAUCAAAAUUAUUCUUUCAUCAGUAAAAAUGUUAUAAUGAGUCAUGACAAAUUGAGUCAUGACCCACACACAGGGUGGUCCGAAUUGUAUUCGAGAAAAUUCGUCAACCUAUUCUACAGAUAAAAAUAAGUAAAAAAGUUCAUAUAAAUGUAUGUCUUAAAGUGCCUUGGAGUUUUUCGAUAUGGAAAAUUUGAUCUCUACUACUUUUAGGGGCCGCCACCUACAUGUUUUUGAACUGUUUUGAAGAGUAAUAAAUUUUCUUCCAUACCUGUAUAAAACUACUGAGUGAAAAAAUAUUAAUUUCCGUAAUUUUUUUUUACGUAAAAAAGAUCUCUUGGUAAAAUCGCUACAAGUAAUGGCUCUCGAGAUAUCUUGAAUCGAAAUUAUCAAUACAUGUCAUUAUUGACAUAAACUGAACACGUUGACUAGAUAGUUAUUUCACAGAAAUUACGAAUUUGUGAACUUUUUAGUUUUUUUAAUUAAUUAUAGUUUUUUUUCUAGAAAAAAAAUAUGAUGAAACAGUUUAAACCUUUCAAAUCUAUUCUUUUGAUAAUUUUGAUUUCAAAUAUCUCGAAAACCAUUACUCAUUUUUUUACGCGAUUUUUAUCAAGAUAUCUUUUUUACGCAAAAAACGGCGGGAACGUAUAUUUUUUCUCUCAGUAGUUUUAUACAGGUACGGACGAAAAAUUAUUACUCUUCCAAACAGUUCAGGAACAUGUAGGUGGCACCCCCACAAAUAGGUUGCCAUUAUAUUAACACCGAAAUCAAAUUUCUCGUAUCAAAAUACUCCAAGACACCAAUUUUCAUCCAAAAAUCGACGUUAGUCCAGACAUUAUAGACAUUAUUUGAAAAAAAUCGAAAUAAAAAUGAAAUUUCUACACCCUGUGUCUCCGAAACCAAGCAUUUUAGGACAUACAUUUAUAGGAACUCUUAUUUAUUCUUAUUUGUCGAAUAUACUGUCGAAGUUUCCCGAAUACAAUUCGGUCCACUCGGUAUAUAUAUCCCAACGAGUUCAGCUCUUGCGUAACCAACUUUUCAAGUACUUAUUUCACAUGUUUUGAGUCAAAUUUCCAUAUCCACGGGAAAAAGAGAUACGUAAAAUAUACUCUCCGAUUUAGGUUCUAGUGGAAACUUAAAGUUUGUUCAUAAUAUUUUUUUCCACUUUAAUUAAUUUUUGUCUAUUCAAAAUAUUUUAAUAGUGAAUCACAUCGAAUUCUUUUUAAAGUAUAUUUUUGAAAAAUUCUAUUAAAAAACGUUAGGUUUCUAUUCAGAAAAAAUCAGAGAGUACAUAUCAUAUUCAGAUAUUUUUUUAUAAAGUAACUUUUUUUCAGUUAAAAAUGUAAACUUGAAUAAAUUAAAUUCAUUUACCUUAACUUAAAUCAAAUCGAAUUUAUCUUAAGAUUAUCGAAAUUUAAUAAUAUAAAUACAGUAUUAUGUCAUUUUCGACAAGUCAAAUAUUUCUCACAAAUGAAAUUAAAAUUAUUCAAUUAUUCUAAAAACCUGAAUAUAUAGGUUUGUAAAGAAUAGACGACUCGCCGUAAUUUUUGCUUAAAAUUUGUAAUUAUUUAAACCUUAAUACUUGAAUUUAACAUGAUGCUUGGGAAUAUGAUAAGUACAAAUUUGUUUUAUAUCUUAGAUAGCUAAUAAUGAAAUAAUUUGUGAUAAGUGUGUAGUUAAAAGUAGGAUUUCUCUAUAUUUAUUGUAUCGACUUGAAAUUGGAUGAAAAAUAAUAGGAAUCCAACUACAUAUACGGAUAUGUAUUGAAGGAAACCCAUUUUAUACAUCAUACUAAAAUGGUUUGAUUUCACCGAAUUGUUUAGAAAUAUGCCUAUUCUUGUAAGUAAAUAUACGGUAUAAAACUAAAUCAAUAUUUUAUUCAUAAUAUAAAUAACUCAGUAUAUUAACUUUAGAGAUAGUUUCAAGUUUCAACUAAUUUGUUCCUGCGUAGAUUUUAAUCAAACUGGACAUUCUUUAUUAUCUAUUCGGUUAUUAUAAAACACAAUCUUACAAAUUAACAUAUGCCUGUAGGUUCAGAGUCCGCGCAGAGAAUAUUUUCGUUAAGUUUUUAUAAUACUUUAAUAUAUUAAUUUGGCUUAUGAGCCUCGAAAAAUUUCUCUCUGUAGGUUUUAAAGAAAUUGUCUUUAUUUUUGCAAAUAUGUAUUUUGCUUUUGAAGUGAUGGAGUUUUAGUGGAGCAAUUUUGUUUGAGCAAAAAAGUGAUGAAACAAAAAAUACAAUUCGGUGAAAAUAAAUCUAAACUAAAAAAUGAAACCAAAUUCUUAAAAAAAGAAGAUUGCAAGUUCAACAUCCUGUAUUUAUAUGUGCUUAGCCUUAAAAUUGCAUUUAAUAUAUGUAUAUUGUUAGUUAUUAAAUAAUAUUUAGAGAAUAAUUCUUUUAACACCAAUUCAUAACAAUUAAGAUUAUAAUAUAAAUAUUAAAAUUACUAAUGUAUAUUUUCAAUUAAUAUAUAGGGCAGCGCUUCUCUUAGAUAUAUUCCGCUAAAAUUAAUGCUUAACAUUAACUAAAAUACUAAUGCUGUUUAAGAUAUGUGUGGUAAGUAAUAUUGUUAUACUUAAGGAAUAUGUAUGGUAACUUGUAUGGUAAUUAUAUUGUUUUAAAUUAA